AUGAAUCUACCACGAGUUGCAUCAAGGACCUUGGGUCGCCUAUGGCUCCCGGCUACGACGUACCGCUUUUUUAGUUCCCGUCGACAAUGGCAAAAAGAUGUGACCGACAGACUGGCCAGUAGCUCAACAGACGAGGCAACUCUAGUUGGUGGAACUGGGGGCGGCCUCGGAGCAGCCGGACCGCAGCCCUAUCUACAGCCAAAACCCUGCAACAUCCGUUACAACCCACGCAUUUACAAUGGCGGUGUUCUGCCACGACUAACUUUUGACGACGAACCAGUUAAGCUGCCCGAAUAUCAGCCAGGUGACCGAUGGGUACCACAUCGCGCCCAUUUUGGACAGAACGACUACAUUGGUGAGUCAUAA